AUGAAUAUAAAAUGGUUAUCUUCAUAUAAUAAAUAUUUUAAUAGUAAUAAAUUAAAUUUAUAUAAAAAUUAACAUGAAAUAAGAAUUAAUGAUAAUCCAUAUAAAUAUAAUUCAGCCGAUAAUAUUUAGCUUAUUUCUACUUUUUAAAAUGAUUAUAAAUCGCCUGUAAAUAAUAAUUUUAAAAAAAUAAAAUUAGUUAAAAAAUUAUAAGACAAUAAUCAUUUUUAUGGGUUAACUUCUUAUAAAGCUAAUUAUGUAAAUUGGAAAAGUUAUUUGGGUCCCUGUCAAAAAAAUAAUCACAAAACAAUUGUUGAUGGAAUUAAAUUUGAAGGCGAAUCUACUUCCAAAUAAGCUUAUAUAAAUUUUUCCGACUAUAAUAAAACUAAAUCUUUAAAACCUAAAGAUUAAGAUCCUUUACCUAGAUUAUUAAAAUUCUAAGAUUAAACUACCAAAAAUUAAUACUAUAAAGCUGAAUAAGGUGAAAAAGCUAUAAGUUGUAAAGAACAUAUUAAAUAUUAACCAACGCCUGCUUAUAAAGGAUAAUUUUAAAGUAAUAAUUUCAAAGAUUAUUUAGGCAGUACAAUUUAAUGUGGUGGAGUUGAAAAAUUAAAAGAAGCUUAUAAAAGAAAAAUUUAAAAAUAUAAAAAGCAAUUUGAAUUAGAAUUAUUAAAACUCUAGUAAUAAGAAUGA